AAAGUGAAAGAUGACCGCAAUUUGCUAAAUUCAAGCUAUAAAUUCCAAAUAAAUUCGUUGUUUGCGGAAAAGUUGUAUGAUAGAAGACACAAUACUUUUUGCACAGACUUUCAAGCUGACAUUUGUCUAAUUUCAAAGCUUACCAAACCAACAUCUUCAUUAAAAUUUCUGCACAUCAUGUCUAAAAUGAGAUGUUAGCGAUCGAGCUAGCGGCUGUUUUGGCUGCUCUUUUCGCUUGUUGCUCCGGCGCGUCGGUCAACUACUGUGGGGCUGUGAUGUGCGGGAUGACUAAUGCUCACACGUUUUGCCAGUUUACUCACGGCCCAGGCCCCAAAUGUACCGGCUACAUGGACGAUCGUCUUUCAGGCGAGGAGAAGACGCGUUUGAUUGGUCGUAUGAACCGCCGGCGCAAUGAAGCCGCCCUGGGCAAACUGCAACUGCCUCCAGCCAGCAAUAUGUUGAAACUGCGUUGGGUCGAAGAGUUGGCCCGAGAAGCGCAAAUAUGGGCAGAUCAGUGCAACCCGCCCAGCUAUCCCGAAGGACAUGACGCGUGCAGGGAUCUAUAUUCAAUAACUGUAGGCCAGUGCGUGGCCUCAGUGGUCGGUGAAGCGCCCGGCCUCCGGCCUGAGUCUAUGGUCGACAUGUGGUACUUGCAGGGCCGGCAGAGUCCCAUCUCCGCGGAUGAGAAGAUUCCAAUGGACUUCGGGCAAAUGUUAUGGGCACACACAUACUUAGUUGGCUGCGCAAGAAGCCGAUUUAUGAUAGAGCAAAACGGCCGUCUCCGUACAGUAACACGCCUGGUCUGCAACUUUGCGCCGCGUGGACCUGAAGGACCCUUAUGGACUACAGGAGCACCUGCAUCCGCUUGUCCGGCUCGUUCGGGAUCUGACCCGGAGUUUACUGGACUUUGUACCUUUCCUGAAACCGCUCGGCAAUUGGAAGAAGCAUUGGAGAGUAUGGAGAAAGCUUUAGAAUCUCCACCAGUUUCGAGCAAGGUUCGCCGAGAAUUACGUGAACCACAAGAAUCUCAAGAACCUAAAGAGACACCAGAUCAGAUAAUUAACGAGCGAAAGCCACAAAAACAACUUCCUAAAGAGCAAACCCAACCUAAAGAGCAAAGCCAAUCCCAAAGACUGAGAGACAUCGGUACUCCUGACGCGGCUCCAAUCAUGUCUAUACUGAAGAAAUACGCUCCGUUGAUGAAGGGUUAUGAAAAUAUAUUCAAACGAAGUGAUGCAUCAAACACAACCCUAACUUUUGUAGUAUUGGUUUUAGGAUUCUUAGUUUCAAACAGUUUAUAAAAAUCUAUCACCUACCACGAAUAACGAAGUUCUUCUUCAUUUACUAUGACGCUAUAGUAAAGGAAUUGCGAAUGUCACCAAGUUUACAUCGAUUUAACAAUGACAAUGACAAUUAUAAUAUAUGACAAUUAUAAAACAGCGUGGUUGGACUCUUAAAAAAAAAACCAUUUCCAAGAUAUACUUAGAAAACAUUGUAUACGUUUACCUAUCAAUCUGUGACUGAUGAACUCAAUCUGAGUGGCUGUAACUUUUGUAUUUCGUACAUCAAUCUUCUUAUUGUUUAAGAUAAACAUCUUUAAAUCGAUUUAGCUCAUUUGAAGAAUUCAACGGUUGAGUCGUAAAUAUGCCCAAAUUCUAUUUGUUUUUUCGCAGACGUGAUUUAAGACAACUGUGCCAUUCUCAGGAAAAAUGUCCGUUUUGUAUGGACAAUUUCGUCACUGACAAUAUUUCCCAUUGUAUAAUGAAAACAUUCUCGAAAACGGUAGAAUUGUAUGAUUUAUAAAUACAUCAUAUGAGUGAUGAUAUUUCUCCCUAAUAUUGUCUUCGGU